GCCGACGCAGAAAAUGGUUGCGACAAUUCUAUUAUUAUUAACAUUUCUGCUCAGAAACGAGUUCGUAAUUAGUAAUGACACAGAAAACUUUUCUGUGGUUUCUACGAGCACAACCCCGUCGGAGUUCGACCAUGCACAAUUAGAAAUGCGCUCUGUAGUCAACGCAUUAAAAGAAUCCCUCAGCAAUCUACAAAAUAUGAAGCAGGGAAUUAUUGAAGAAAUCAAAAACGAAAUUAUUUCCAAAACAGACGAAAAUUUUAGGCGACAGUUAACAGAGCUAAAGGACAAAUUAAUGAACGCCAUAACAGAUUCAACAAUGAAAUCAGACUCUAAGUUUAAAGAAUUGGAAGAAAGAGUAAACGAAUCGAGAACAUUGAAAAGAAACUAACAGAAACCAAAAAUGAAAUAUUUGACAAAAUGAACGAACAAACAGAUUCGAUGAAGUUACUUCUAGAAAAUCAGCUGAUAAAAACAAAACAACAAAUUGUAUCUGAAACAAAAGAAAACGUUAGAGAACAGUUAACCGAAGCUAAAAAUGAAAUGCUUGUUAAAAUAAACGCUUCAGAAGAAUCGACAAAACUUACUGAUUAUAAAAAGGAGGAUCUUGCUUCAGAAAUCCAGUCAGUUUGUCAGAGUGUUAAAGAGCAACUGACGAAAACAAGCAACGAAAUUAUUCAGAACAUAGGAGAACUAAAAGAGUCACGAGUAGCAGUUUCUUCUGAUUUCAAAAAGAAAUUGAACGAAACGAAGAACUACAUCAUUGACGAAAUGAAGUCUGUGCUUUCUGAUAACGAAAAACAUAUCGAACGAAUGCAGGUAAAUAUGCAAGUUCAACUUAACGAGACGAAAGCCGAGAUCACUCGACUGGGAGAUUUUGACGAAAUGAAAAACCAACUGGCGAAGACGCAACAAGAGAUUCUUGUUGAAAUCGAACAAUGUAAGUCUGUACCAGAAGACUGUAGAGAAAUCCAGAAGAGGGGAUAUAACACUUCUGGGAUUUAUCGUAUACAGCCGAGGCUUUCCUUGCAAAGUUUUCUGGUUUGGUGUGAACUGUCUGAUUAUGGAGGUGGGUGGACUUACGUCGUCAAUCGAUUUGAUGGUUCCCAAAACUUUUACCUAAAAUGGACUGAUUACAAGCAAGGUUUUGGUAAUCUAUCGGGGGAACAUUGGAUAGGUUUGGACCACCUCUACGAAUUAACAAAUAGCAACUCAGUUGAGUUGUUGAUUGAGCUGCUUGACUGGGACUUGUAUAAGGUUUAUGCGUUGUAUGACGAUUUCAGAAUAGGAAACGAAGCUGAGAGUUAUCCACUCAAAACAUUGGGGAGCCAUAGAGGGAUUAUUGAAGAUUCUCUCAAAUAUCAAAUUCAUGCGAAAUUUAGUACUGUCGAUAACGAUCACAGUGGCACACUCAGCUGUGCUAGCUACUUUGAGGGUGGUUGGUGGUACACGGGUUGCUAUAGAGCCUGUCUGACUAGCAGAUAUGUUGAUCCUAGGAAAACAAAACCUAGAUCUGGAAUUAACUGGGAGGCGUUUCGUGGUUUCUCAUACAGUCUUAAAGAAGCGAGGAUGAUGAUUAGACCACGGUAUAUUGAAUCUGGAACAACACCAGAUUUUUAAGAAUACAUUUUCCCAAUUUUGUUUCUUACACUGUAACUGGUAUUAUAUACACAUAUUUUUAACUUUUAGGUGUCUUAAAAUAAAUAAAAUUUCGCUACAACCAAUUUUAUAAUUUUCGGAAAAAACUGGUUUUGUUGGAUUGUACUUUAGGGGCAGAGGAAGUUCUGUCUAAUUAACUUCAAAACAUAGAUUUUUCCGAGGCAGCAGAUGUUUAAGGUCAGAUACAAAGCGGAUUAAUAAUGCAAAAAAAUAAGGGUCCAUUAUUUUAUAAGCUUUGAAAUAUUUAUAGAAUUUCCUUACGUGGUCAAAUUUUGGAAUGCCAUAGUUUUUCUAUUAUAUUUUUUCUGUAUGCCAUAAUGUUGGCUCUAAUUAUUACAUUUCAAGCAUUUUUUUUGAGCUUUAGCUUCAUGAAACAGUGUACGCACGAAUCAAAUAUUAUUGUUCCGAAUUACUCCUAUUAUUCAUUAAUC